ACCGGUGCACAGUUCACGGCUGAGCUCGUGCCAGACAGAGCGAGUGCGCCCAAACUAAAGGCUUUAACUCCGGGAUGCAUCCGUGUGGCGAGUAAUAGUAAACAACUUUUUGUCUUCUGCUCAAUAAGACUUUCCUUUCUGCUGUUUGGACCGCUCAGAGGGCAACUUGUCCUCGUGUUUUUGCCCUAACCGGCGGACUUCUUGACACUGGAAGGACUUUACUGAACUCGAAGAUGUCAAUUUUGCCUUUCACUCCCCCCAUUGUCAAGAGACUUUUGGGGUGGAAGAAGGGAGAGCAGAACGGCCAGGAGGAGAAAUGGUCUGAAAAGGCGGUGAAGAGCCUGGUGAAGAAGCUGAAGAAGACGGGACAGCUGGACGAACUGGAGAAAGCCAUCACCACCCAGAAUAUCAACACAAAAUGCAUCACUAUACCGAGGUGAGCAGAGUUUGAGAGUGCUGCUGACGGUGACCGUGAAGGCAGCAUCCACAGUUAGCUUGCUAAGGUUGACGAUUUUACUGACAUUUUAUCAAGUGCAGGUUUUUAUUAGAGAUUUCUCAAUCGCUUGUGCAUGUUUUGACAACUCUUGUACCUCACACGUUUAUCGUGACACCUUCCACUUGAUGUUGAAGUUGAUGUUUCCCCUUCCUCCCCAUCGUCAAUACUUACACUGUGCCUCAAUGCACUUAUGUUAUACAGAAAUAAACAUGGUGGCUAAUGAAAUGCAUAACGAGCUAACACCGGUUGAAGAGAUGCUAGCAAACCGUACACGAAAACAGUUCACCCCACUGGCUGUCAUGCCAUCGAAAUGUGCACUUUUUCUUCAAGUGAACUGAAACCACUACACUAGCUGUCUCCUGUAAACACGACUAACGUUAUUUUGCCUAAACGGUGACAUAAUAGUGUGUUUAUUGACCAGCCAUCAGCGCACAUGCAAUGCAAAAGCACAAAUGGAGUCCAAGUUAUAUAACUUGGCCUUAAUCUGGAACGCUUUCUAGCUCUGCGUGUUAGUGCGUAGGCGAGUCAGUGGAGCUCUCUCUCUCUCUCUCUCUCUCUCUCUCUCUCUCUCUCUCUCUCUCUCUCUCUCUCUCUCUCUCUCUCUCUCUCUCUCUCUCUCUCUCUCUCUCUCUCUCUCUCUCUCUCUCUCUCUCUCUCUCUCUCUCUCUUUCUUUCUCUCUCUCCCUGUCCUUUCAAUGCCUCCGUACAGCCAUGUAUCUACUGAGACAGUAUCUCAAAACAAGACACUGGUACACCACAUCAAAUCACCUCUAGUAGUAGUAGUGAUUGUAUAGGUCUCUGGUUGCCCCCCACAUCUUUCUCUGGAUUAAAGGCUGUGGGAGGUAAGGGCUUGUGAGGGGAUGUUUCUGAGUAAACACAAGGUUUCACAGCACAUUUCUAGGUGUCUCCUUAAAACACAACCUCUGUGGCAGUCGAACUUUUGAAACUAAGUUUAAUAUAAGAAGCUCUUUCCUUGAUAUGAUUGGAUAAUAUCUAUAACAUAUGUGGAGUAGCUGUAUACUGCGUGGUAGAUACAGUAUUGGAUGAUAUAAGACAACUGUUGUUUUAGUGUUUAUGGCUAUCUCACUGCUGUCUUGUAACUAUAACUUACAUUUUCUGUGCAGAAAAACAAGUAUGAGUAGAUGAAAAUGAAACAGGUAAUUUGUCCUGCAGCAUGCUCUUCACCUUAAGGGUCCAGUUUGUGACAAUUAGCAACGUUUAGACAGAAUCUAAUAUAAACAAGUAUGUUUAAAUAAGUAUUGUCCCACCAGAUCAUUAAAAAACCCUUUGUUUUUGUUGACUUUAUAUAUCUAAAGAAGGAGACGGUCUCCAUCCACAGAGGCAACAAUCUUGCAUCUUCACAUUUUCACGGAAGUACUGAUUGGACAAACCUGUUACCAGGAAUGCGAUUCUUUCGGGUUAAUCUGGAAAUCCAGAUUUUUUGGGCCAGAAGAGGUGACCUUCAUGAAUCAUGAUUUACCCUAAACACAUUAAAUAGAAGAAGAUAAUAGGGUAUUUUAAUGGAAAAUCUCAGGAGGGUUACAUAUGGGGACAUACUUUUCAUUUCCAAAUGCCACGCUAAUGUUAGUGAUGAACUCGGCUUGUUGACAACAUAGCCUCCAGCAAACAACAUUGUGAAAUAUGAAGUGCCAAUCAAGUACUUGAGUUUUUAUGAUAGUUUUGAUUUGCGCUUUGUUUCCGCGUGCCUCUGUUAUGAAUAACCAGCUUCAAUGUCACUGAGGUCAACAACUCAGAUGAUAAUCCACUUACAGAAAAUCUUAGCAGAUUAAAUGUGAAAUAGCAAAGACACUUGUCACUGUGAAUGCUAUUUUGAGUGAUCAUCUGGAGGAUACUCUCUCUUUCUUUCUAUAUCUGUCAAUCUGCAGUUGAUUAUUAUCUAAAUUUUGUCAUUUCUUGAUGGUAUUCACUCUGCUUCUUCACAAUAUGUGUGACAUAAGUGUCUCUACUAUCCUCCAAUUGUUGCCAAUCAAGUUCACAAGACAAAAUCCCAGUCGUAUUAUACAUUAACUAUAUAACAGUAUACUAUAUGGACUACUUGUAUGCAGCCUACAGCUGUAGAAAUUCAGCAUUAUUAAUAUUUUGCCGUACAGAGGACUUUAGAUUUAUUGAAAUAAUACAUCAGGAAGAGAGGUAAUUUAAUAUAAGUGAAAUUGUCACCUAGUUGUCAUUAAAGGAGAUACACUGAAUUAUAUGAUAAUAUGUGCAUUUUGAGGUGCAUGUGUAUUCAUCUUGUGAUGCCAGUCAUAUCCCUGAGUGACAAACUCAUUUUUAUAUCAAAAGACUGACCAUAAAGGAUGUACCAGUUGGAAGACGAAAAGAGUUUUUGACUGCAAAAGAAUUUUCACAGAUUUUUGCAUCAGAGUUAUUAAUGACAUUUUUGCAUGCAGCUCUAUUACUUUCACAGUUAGACGGGAUUCAGAGGGAAAAAAACUGCCAAGACGAAAUACAUUCACAGCUAUUUUUAAUGUUCAUAAAUUAUGGAAAAUUACAGAUAUGAAUCUUUGAUUUGGGUCCGCAGUCCUCUCUGUAUUUGUAGGCAGUUUUCAUUCAAGAGCAUCCUGUGUGUCAGAUGAAAAUUGAAACCCACGCAGGGCGCUCCCACAUUCUUGAUUGCCACAAGUGUGCAUAUCACAGCUUGCACAGGCCUGGGCCGGUGUUCACAGUAAAGCCUACCCGGAAAGUUGAAUAACGUUUGCCAUGAUCCAGGUUUCAUGUUUCUCACCACUAAUGCAGAGGGGAAGAGGCAGAGUGCAUUAAGAUGACCCCGGAUCAGAGCUGGCUGUCAGUGUGGGCUAACAGUGUCCCUGGAGAGCUGCUGUUUCUAUUAAUUCCCCCAAUGUUCUGGCUCGCUGACAGCAGCUGCCUGCAUGUUCAGGCCUGUCCAUUGGGAGGACCACUUCACUCCUACCCCUCUGACACAUGAACUCCCUGACAAGGCUCAUCGCAGCCUGUCUAUAUGACAGUAUGCUGUGAUGCUGAAUGCUAAACAAGGCAGGCGAUGUGCAUUAAUCGAGUUAAAAGUUGCAUUGAGUUGUGCAAUAACAGAUCAGGUGUCUGUUGGGGGAGUUAGAAUCGAUUUUUGGAUGAAAUACCACUGCUUACUGUUUUGUCCAUAUCGCUUUCCAAAUGAGAUAAGACCAAAGUGCUUGACUGUAGGCCAAGCUCCGUUGUUGGCUGGGAGACAGCAGUAUGACAUCAUUGCUAUGAAUACUGUGCUUUUUCACUAUUUUUGGUGUUAUGAAACUAACUCUCAAGUUAAGAUUCCCUGGAAAGAGUCCAUGCAGCAUCAACAAUUCAGAUAAAAUUUUGGCUGCCGGGGAGAGUUGUCAGCUGAGAAGUCUUCGUCUGUUUUCUGCUGUGUUGUGAGUAAAUAAAGACUACCACCUCGCUCUCGUGGCUUCCCGAGGAAACACUAAACUAAUGGAUGUUAAAUCUUUGGGAGACUUUCAUGGUAUAGACACAAUGAAAAGAUGCUGUUCACAAGUGUGUGUGCACAUGCAUUGGUGCUGAUGGGCAGUCACAGUUUAUGUACAACAGCUUUUGCCUUUAGUUGUGUGACUGUGUGUGUUAAUGGGGGGGUAGGACAUCUAGCCAGAAAGCCUUUAGUGGUUGUUAGAUGUAAAUAGCUCCAGAAAAGUGAAUUUAUGUAAUUUUUAUCAUAGGAGAGAGCAGGUAAGUAACUUGUCGGAGUUGAUACAAAAAUUGUGUUUUAAAGGGGUAAUUACCUGAAUGUUUUUUUUCCCCAUAUUGUUGCUUUUCUCAAGUUUGUCCAUAAAACCGAACUUAAAAACAUUGAGCCCCCCAGUUGAGAAAAUAAGAUGCUUCAGAGUUUCAGAGAUCCAGCAGUUUUAUUUUAAAGGCUGCUUUUUUCUGUGAGGGGAUAUUCAAAAUAACUUGAUAGUCUUUGGUUAGAAGCUGUAUCAUCACAACUGGGUGAAUUUUGCCACAGGACAUUUAUUUUAGGGGUUUGGAUUUUGUGGGGGUGGUUAAGGUUGACGUUGUGUGUGUGUGCGUGUGUGUCUCUAUAUAUUUACACUUGGGAUAGAGCAACUCAUGCAAGAACCUUGGUGAUGUUCAUUAAGAUUUCCAGUUGAUAUAGAGAGCUCGCUGCCUAUCACUUAGGCAGGGCAGCUGCUUCAGUGCCUUUUGGGUCUCUGUGGUUCAGUAUUUUGUUUUUUGAGGAGCAAUAAACAAAAUAGAUGUUUCAAGUUCAAGUCUUGGCAUUGUGGUACUGACCUACUAACCCAUCCACUUAGCUUCCUGUUACUACUUUUAAAUCAUCUCUUCGUAUGAGCUGUUAACUUGCUUUACUCACAAACAUCUGUGUGUGAAGUACGUCACGUCAUGAAAGUGGACCAGUUUCCAGUGGUUAAAGGGUGGAUGUGAUGUGUGGUAGCCUGCACUGUAAACGUAAAAGGAUGACUAACUGGUGACUUUACUUUUGUUGUUGGAGGAGAUUUUCAGUGCAUUUGAAAAUAGAGGCCAAGUGUGUUUUAGUCAUACCCGGGGGUGUGUAAAUCUCUUCAGCUUUUACUGCACCGUCACAAUAACUAAAUAUUCUUGCAUUGAGUCGGUAGGAAAUGUCUACAGGUUUAGCGGAGGAGGAAAGGUUGUUUGGAACAGUAAACAAAAAAAAAAUCUGAGUUUGACACAGAAGGCUGUUAUUUGGUUCCUUUUUCCAACCCACACUCAGCAUUAGCUUCUUUUAGCUAUGGUUCCUAGACCUUAAGGAUGUUGUUUUAACCAAACCACAAUGUUUCCUUUACAGCAACCAGUGAGCUACUUUAACACAAACCACAACCUUUCCCUAAGCCUAACCGAGUUGUUUGUGUGCCUAAACCUGCCCACACUUCAAUUAAUAAGGAAACAGAAGGUACUGUGUGUAUCCUAACCUUACACUCUGAUCACCAUCACUUAAAAAUGUUGCUGUUUUAGUUUGGCUUCUAUUCCACAUUUGCUACAUUCCUUCUUCAAGAUAUAUUCAACUGUUCCUGUUAGUACUUUAGCUCAGUGAUAUUUUUUAUACAAAAUUAGUUUUUUUUCUAUGAAUGCAUACUCUUGCAACACACGUACCCUUGUCCCCUGGUUGUCCUAGAGUCAGUAUUGUUAUGAAACCUUAAAUACUCACACAAAUCAUUCAAAAAUGUUUCAGAAGUGCAGUUACUUUUGCAAGUGCAGUACAGCUCUAAUUGGCAGCUACAGUAAUUGAACUGGACAGUUCACAAAAUGUAAGUGAAUAUUUCAGCAGCACUGCUGCUCCAGCUCUGUGUGAUGGAAGACAAGUCAAAAUGUAUCAUCAGUGAAACACUGCAGUCAGGUCAUUAGUUUGUGAUGUGCUUCAUUUAUUUACUCUUCACCUGUUAAAGAUGAAGUCUAUCAGAAUUAACUGACUGAUUUGUGUCAAGCAUGCACCCAGUCUUAAAAUAAUCCUCUCUCACAUUUUCACUUAGAGUGGCUUGUUUUUUAUGACAAAUUAGGCUGCUACCAACACCUAUUUUCAUUAUUCAUAAAUCUAAUUAUUAGUUUUCAAAUCACUUGUUAAGUCUGUCAGAUUGCAUUAAAUAGUCAAAGGCCCCAGGUAACUUACUCACAUAGUUUUUUUUCACACGGUUAUUUUUGACGACAAUGACACAGAAACAGGAAAAAACAGGAGACAUCUAUAUAUGAGGAAAUGAAAACCCUGAGGAUAUCUUAAGGAUUUUAUCUAGUUAACUGAGAAGUCAAUAUGAGGUGACAAGCUGAUGAAUGAUGAUGCAUUUUCAGCGUCAAAUGAAGUGUAUUUGGGUGACAGAGUGAGUGACAAAUUUUCCAUCAUCCAGCAGUGAUUGGUUUACCAUGGACAGAUGCUGAGCUAAGGUACCAGACUCGCUUUUCAUUUCACUUGUGUGAAGCAGAAUACUGUUUCCCUCCUCUCAAUGUGAGUAAGUAGUUACAGUUACAAAGGUCAACAAACGGGCCAGCUAUCUCCACCAAAAAAGGAAAGAAAACACAGGUAUCCAAAGUUGCAGCUUUAAAAAUUUAAAAGAUUAAUUCCCACCUUUGUGUUGAUAAAUAAGAUGUCCUUGCAACAAAUCUAACAUUAAUUUUGUCAUUAAUAUUGUGGAAACUAAUCACAGGUAGUUGAAAUGCAGCUGAUGUGUUCUUAUUUAAGCUGAUCCUAACAGCUUCUUUAACAGACAACCACAAUAUGUGCGACACUAAAGGUAUGUACACACAUUUCCCAUUAGUAUUGUAGGUUUUGUAUUUCACAUUUCCAAGUUUGAAACUGACAUAAUGAUCUUCUAUUUGGAUGUAAAAAAUGUAAGAUUGCACCAAGUUUUGUUGAGAAAGAAUGGCCGUAUAAAAAAAAUCUGUGUCAUGUCUUUGUAAAGGGCCUGGAGGAGUAGAUUCCUCACUCCUACCUACUGCAACUUUCCUUGAGUUUGGGCCAGUGCUGGGGAGUGCUUUUGUCUUGUCGGCACACAUCCCUUCUGGCAGAAAGUGGAGAGUCUGAUUCACACUGCUGCAUGUCAGGGCAGGUGGGAAGGAUGGAAGAAGCAAUAAAAGCAAGCAAGACAGACGUGAAGGAGAGAGAUAGAGAGGAAGCAGAGUAUGACAGAGACACCAACAAACAAACAGUGCCAUUCAUAGGACUAAACCUGAACCCACACCUGUGUUUCAACGCAAGUCUCUGCCUGGUUGGGUUGUUGAGAUUCACAGAGGAUGCUGUAGAAGAUUUGUUUGAAAGCUCGAGGAUUCAUUUUGUUUUGCUUGUGGUGCUUCAAUCUAUGAAUGAAAGAGUUUGAACUCAAAACCAACAGAUUUACAAGUUUACCUUAGACUUCCCUCAGCAGUGCUGUAGUUAAUCUGUUUGUCCUGGGAACCAGUGAAAACCAUUUUACACCAAUGCAAAGGUGUGAAAGACCUUUGGUAAAAGUCAGUCAGGAUUUAACUGGAUCCAGAUCAGAAAAGUUUAGUGAAAGGAUUCUUUGCUGAGUGUGAAUGUAUUCUGGCAUUCACAUUUGGAUAUCAGGAACAAAGAGAACUAAAAGAUGGCAUAGAUUAACAUUCCUGAUCAGGCUUGUUCAACACACUGAUUUAAAUCAAAGUUAUGCUCUGUCAGAAAAAAAAACAAAACAUGUUUCUCUUUGUUAUUGCUAAAACACGAAAUCAUUGAUGCUUGUACUAAGUCCUUAAGGUUGAUAUUUAAGACUCCCAAGUUUUUAUCAACCACAUCUUUUCUUGUUCAGGAGGAUCAAAGCGGGGCAGAGGUAGCAUGAGAGAAAGUUUGAGAAAGAAAAAGAGGGCAAAAAUGAGGAGUGAUGUGUUGGGGAAUCCCAGUGUUGUGUCUACUGCCAGAGGGGAGGGUGUGUCAUCAUAGCGGGGGAGUAAACUUUAAUAAGCAAACACGGCCUAUAACAGAUAGAGGAACGCAUAAGCAAGAGAGUGAAAGCAACAGAGGGUAGAAAAGCGUUUGUAAAUUGAGUGAAUCUAAAUGUUGGAGAGAGAGGUAAACAAGAAAGCCUAAUGGUUUAGCUUGAGGAAGAGAAGGAGACAUAAUAUUUGGCAAGAGGCAGAGUGUUUAUCUCAAGCUUAUCAGAGGGAGACGGUGGUAAGUGUGGUUUGGACGCAAAAAAAGAGAAAAGAAACACUGCUAAUCGCUGAGAUAGAACUGGUUUGUUUUCCAGCCAGACAGCAGUUCAGCAUAAAAAAGGGGUGUCUGUCUGGAUUAAAUACACACAGACACACACAGUGCAGCUACUGUGUCAGGAAGAAACUGUGUUUACCUGCUCCGCUUCGCACUCCACCUGCUGAAAUUUUCCUUGUAUGUACUGUACAUAAAUAUGCACAAACAACCCUCCUACACAUUAGGAUUAUCUUCACUGAGACUUUCUGUGGGUUGACUCUGAAUGUGGGCUUCAAUAUAAAGCUUUCACUGUUUAUUAUUUCUUAUUUUUCUUAACUCAGCUUCGUAUUAAACCCCAACUAUAGCCUCCAGUCCAGACUAUCAUGUUUUUCUUAAAAGAAGGCUCCAUCAGAGUGUUUUGGUUGACUUUUUUGUGUUUUAAGUCAAAAAAUUGUUGGUUUUUGAUUCCUGAUUUUCUCAGAAUUAAGAUUUCUGUCAUUGGGCGUCUGAAUUUUAAGGUAUAGGAGCAAGCUGAGCCAAAUUUAGCAGCUUCUGUCUCAGAGCCUCAGAGAGACGUUUGUUAAUGUGAAGUUGCUUCUUUGUUUUCUGUUUUAUAAUGGCUUAAUUCAAAGAGUUUGAGUGAUAUAAAAACAAAAAGAAAUAUUUUUCAUGGUUUGAUAGGGCCCCUUCCAGAAACUGACUUUUACCUCUAAAGGCCUGUUUUGGAGAGCCUCACAUACUGUUGCUCUUGCAUAGUCUGCCCAGAGUGGGGCUUUGUGUGAUGAACUUGCAGCACAGCACUUUUUAUCCUGGUGUAAGUGAAUCUUUUUUAUCUGAGCUCUAUGUGUCUUAAUACCAUCAUUUUGAAUUAGUUGUUAGCCGUUGUGUCUGACGUGCUGUUGUCUCUCACUGUGCUGAUGAAUGCCGAUAGAAUGACACAAGUCCUGAAAUGCUGAGACAACAAAAAAAACAGCUGUAAUGAGAGCGGACAUGCAGAGCGGAAAGUAGUCCACAAUUGGACUCAGGGUGACAAUUAUGCACCCACAGAGAUUUACCUGUGGAUUUUAAGGGUGGUUAGUGAGAGUCAGGGCAGAUCACUUAGUGUAUUGAUGCUUCAUCCCAGUUUGGCAUAUUGUGUCCACACAGGUCUGACUUCUUGUUUUUGGCUGAAUGUGUUUUAAUUAAAAGUGCAAGAGAAAGCUGGGUCAUUAAAGGGUAGGUCUAUUACUGCUGCGGGGUGACACAGCUUAAGGAGGAACAUUGAUAAUAAUUUCUUCAUGGAAAUGCAAUCAGACCGAGACUCUAAGGCAGAAGAACUACUGCGUCUGCAGUGCAAAAUGAUUGAUAUGAUGAUUAUUACUUCAAAGAAAGGAUCAUAAAUGUUCCUUCUUGAGCUGCGACACCCCGCCGCAGUCGGUAAUGGACUCCUCCAGCAAGCAGCUGCCGGAAGGAAGUAGGUGAGUUGUGUUUAGUCUCUUUGCUAAAGAAAUAAGGCAAAGUUAAACAGUUGUUUGGUGGCUUGUGCUGUGGCUGGGACCCUAUAUGUACUGUUAAUGAAGUUAGGUGCUGUUCUGAGCAUUAUUUGUGGCUAUAGAGCGGCUUUUCAGUUAAGGUUUCUUUAUGGCUCCUCAGACCGGUGUGUGUUGCUAUCGUUUGGUUGUUACUAAAGUUGGUAUAACUGGAGAAGCAAGCGGUCGGCAACAUUCGUCUCUCGAGUGGGUGUCUAACUCGGAGGUACGAUGUGUUUGACCUUCAAUUAAUUUUAUGCCGAAAUAUCCCUUUAAGAAAGAAUCUUCUUUCAGAUUUUAAAAGCCUGAACCAAAAUUUUAAAAGCAGUCAAUUUGGCACCUGCAGAAUCAAUGAAUUCCAAUUUGCUACUUUCUUUUACUUUUUCAGUUGCACUUAAGUCAGGUCAAAAGUCCUCUAUCUUCUUUACACACACAGACACACACAUACACUGUCUCUCACUCACUUAGAGGUUCUUUUCAUGUCAAGUAUCACACCUGAGUCAUCUGAGACAGCAUUGUUCAACUGGGACGAGGUGUAAGACGGGUCACACAGAGUUUAUGUGUUCUGUCUGUCUGUGUGUGGUUUGCUGCACUAAUGAUGGUAACAAGUCGCCCUCAGCACUUGAGUUCAGGAUUCCUGUCAUUGUUUGAUUUGCUUGACAGGACCAGUUUAGUGCUGUGAGUGAAGAUGGAUACACACACUGGUGUCUGUGAGACGAGAGUGUUUGUGUGUAGGCUACAGUACCUGUAUUAUGCUGUUUACCUUGUUGUAACAGGAUAGUUUUGACCUUAAAAAACACUAUGAGUCAAAGCUCCAAGGCUUAACAGGGCUGCUUCUGCUGGUAAACAAUUUUAUGUAAUUGUUUUCUGUUGUAAGUGGAUAAUACAAUGGAUGAUGGCAAUUUUAGAUAAUGGUCGUCGUGUCUAAGGAUCUUGGCAAAAUUAAGCACUUAAUUAAUGUGCUGAAAAGUUUCAAGGUUAAAGUUUAAAAGCGCUCUAAGCUGCAUAAUGUCACCAAGUUCAGUGUCGUAGGCUGUUGAUUUGGAUUUAGCUUUCUCUUUUAAUUGAACAAAUUUUACCUUCUUAUUCAGUAUGUUUGAAAGAAACACUGCUUUGAAUGCCCUUUCAGAGCUCCGGCACCUUUUUCACCCUUUGAAACUGCGAACCAUAACUGAUAUUCCUGUUUUCCUCUGUCUGAUUGUUUUGUCACCAUCUGUAUUAAAUGUGCACUGCAGUUGAUAACCUUCAUUUCUUUAAAGAGUGCAAAACAACAUUGUCUGUUGAAAGCAACUUUUUUGUCUCCCAAAGUUUUGCAAUUUUAGUUGCCCCUGGUCCUUCAAAACACACAUUAUGAGCACCCAGCCUUGUGUAUUUACCAUGAGUAACAAGCCAGCAGGGCCAUGCUAGACUUGAAGCCUCACCUCUGUGGAAGGACUGAUACACAUGAAGGCUUUUUAAACUUUUCAUUACUUCACAGUUUUGAUCAAAACAAUACAUAAAUACAUCAAUAUGCCAGUUAAUGUUAUGAAGAGGUGUUUCUUACCCAUCUCUUGAUUGUAGAAACCAGUGCUCAAGGUGCACUUGAUUAUAAUUAAAAGGCUUGGUGUAAUUUUGCCAUGAAAAAUGGAGGAUUAGUCAAUUGAAAAGACAGAAGGAACUGAAAGUUCACUCGGUGGAGCAUGGGGCAUAGAGUUAAUAUAAAACGUAUAAUAUAUUCUAUAUUCUCUGUGGCACAGACAUAUUCAGGCUGCUCUCUACUGGGAAAUAAAAGAAUUAAUAUCAAUUGAAUUUUAUGUCACAUUGUGUGUGUGUGUUUGUCUGUGCGUGUGUCUGUGUGGUUAGUCAGCUCAGAGGAAUGCUCCCUCUGCCUGCCGGAGCCUUGAGGAGGGCGUGGGCUGCUGUUUGGUUUUCGGCUUGUGUCGAUAGCAGAGGGGGUUAAAGAGACAGCUCUGCUCUGGCCGUCUCACUAUCUGCGGGGGAGUGAACGUGCGCCAUACAGGAACACACAUGCACACACACACACACACGCAGACGGUCUUACGCAUAUAGACACAUUCAGCAGACAACAAGCCUGCCUUUGUGCUCCACUGGCCGCUACCACUGCUGCUGCUGCUGCUGCUGCUUCUGCUACUGAUGUAGGACUGCAGCUGGAUCAGUGUGGGAAAACAAGCUGACAUUAAUGAGCAAAGGUUCAAAGAGGGCCGGAAGAUUUCUUCAAAGUCAUAAGAAAAGCAGAAAGAGAGCGAAAGAUGGCUGAGGAGGGGGUCAAACAGGGGAGAUGACAGAAUAGAGAACAGAGCGUAACUUCAGCUUAACCAGAGGGCCAAGAAACUUAAUUCUAGCUGAGAGUUCACCAGACAGUUUGCCCUCACAGACAUCUCCAAUAUAGGAGCACAAGAGACAACAUUCUGACCUCAUCGCACUCAGUUUGUAUUGAUUUUGUGUAGCAUUUCAGUGUUGUAAUGUCUCUUGGGAUCAAAAUAUUAGUCAUUUUACAUGCUCUGAAUGAAAAAACUUCAAUAUGUAAAGCAAUUGUUACAUUAAACUGAAGCUCUUUUUGUCCUGAACUGAUAGGAACCGAGGGUGUUCUGGUCGGGGUUCGCAUGCCUCACAGUCCAGAUUCACUGAGGUCAGGUGUAAGGGCAAAUUAUGAGACACCAUCACUCAUACCAGUAGGCAUCAGAGUUACUACUUAGAUAAAUAGCUCAUGCAUGUGGACAUUAACAAGGAGAACUAAAGGCUGAUGGUACUAGCUUUGCUAUUGUUAGCCUCACUCAGCAAACCAAUCAGACAUUGUUCAUCUGCAGACUCUUGUGAUCAGUUUGGACUGUUCUGUGAGUGUUUUCUAACCCUCAGACUCAUCGGCAUGUGGAAACUCUUAUUACCUCCAUGCAUGUUUCUAUUCGCAGUUUGCAGAUUCAUUGCUGAUAUUUUACCUGGUGUGUUAUUAACAAAACCUAAAACCACACACCGGGUGAGGUCAGUAUGUUAGAAGGCAUAUUUAAUCAGAAACUAAAUAUCUUUGAAAAACCGAAGUCAGCAAAGAUGAAGAUGCAUGCUCAUUAAGGGACUGUUAAAGUAUAGGUUUAAUAUAGCCUUUAGUUUUCACCCUGUUAUUUGAAGUCAAAGAAAUUAGAUAUUGGUUAGUAUUUGUAUUGACCACAGCAAAAGUUUUGUUCCUUGACUUUAGGUAGGGAACAUUUAUUCAUAUUUCAACUUUUAUCUGUGUGUAAUUCACUUGUCCUGUAUCAGUGGAAACAGCACAACACUGUGGGAGAGUCUUAGUUAAAUUAAGGUAAGAAAUUCAGAUUUAAGUGUGAAGAGAAUGAAAUGCUGCAGAUAGAAACACUUGGUACAAUCCUUGAUACCAGAAAAACAUCCUGAGAAAAAGUACGACAUAUUAACUGAGAGACCAGGAAUGACAUUGCUAAGUUUAGAGACUUACUCUUGCACCAAUCUAUGCAUGGAAAGUUACUCAGAACAGCAGGUUACCACCAGACUUCAGAGGUAAAAUGAAUCUUCCAAUAACAAGUUCACAAUAUAUGAAUGAAUGAAUUAAUAUCAUUUUUGGUUAAAGUGGUCAGUGAAGCACUGCUUUUGUAGAUAUUGGUUCACCUGCCUGGCCUCUGCCUUCUGUAGAAGAGGCCUCUACUCUGUGGGAAAAGUAAUUGAUGACUUCCAUCUGGAAUAUUUUCAGUCAUUCAUCAUUUUGAUUCAGAAAAAAAAAGAAACCCAGGCUGCUCAGCUCAUUGACUGUUUUCAGUGAAACUAAUGAUUCCCAGUCCUCUAUCGUCCCACCACUUCUUUGACAGCAGACUAUGUUAUUUGUCGUCUAGCUUUGCCCGUCGCCUGUCUGCUGGUUUCUUAUUUCACAGCAGGCCCUCCUCCACUGGUCCCAGUACGCUCCAGUCCUAUGAUAUCACCUGUGGGCCGCAGGCAGUCUUUUUUCUUUUUUUUUUUUCUCUCACACUCUAUUCUUGGUUCUGUUCCUUUACCUCCCCCUUCUUUUGUAAGAAAAGGAGAAGUCUGAUGGCUUUUCCAGAGAGAGUGGGAGGUGUGUGUGAGUGUAUGCGUGUGAGCAAUAUGUUUGGCAGUAGGAGCAGCUACACUGCUGGAAUCUAUUCUAAAGCAGAAAGUUGGUGCGUUUAAUUUCUGUGAUUAAAGUGAUCGCUGCUGGCCCAUGUCAGAGUGAAAAUUAAGACUAAACUAAAGACUCUUUCACGUACGUCUCUCAAGGUCUGCAACAAAUUAUUUAAUGUCAUUGAUUUGUUUUAUUGUCUUUUUCUGUAAAAAUAUUCAAGUUAUUCAGUUGUAAGCUCUCAAGUUAUUAAUUUUAAUGUCAUGAAAAAUUCCUCAAACAAAAAACUAUUUAAUUUGAGAACUUUUAGGAUCAUCAGAUCAUUGUACGGUUAACAGUUUUUACACAUUAUGGAUCUAGGAUCAAACAAAAUCAAACUCAUCUUUUAAAAUGUGUCAGAAUAAUGUUCCAGACUUUUCCUUAUGCCGUUGUGAACUGCUGCGUCAUGUUUAUAAACAUUUAAAAGUAUUCACAGUGAUCAAAGACAAUGUUCGAGACAGAGUUGGAGGGCCGUUAACAAAGAUGUGACCAGUACACUUUGAUCUUUAAUAUUAAGAUUAGUAAUUGAUUCUAAUCAGUAAACCUUUUUUGUACUCCUGUAUGGGUUACUUUGAACUGUGACAACAAUUGCUUGGAAACUUGGCAAGGUUCUGGUUUGACAAUUGUAUAGAUUGACUCCAGUUCAAUUGAACAUCUUUUCAUAGCCAGUAAAGGUAGCAUGUUUCCUCUAUCACUGAAUAUCUUUGAUUAUUUUGGCAUGAAUGGAUGAGUAAAUAAGAAAAUAUAUAGACUGCAACAGUAAGUACAGGGGGAAAAUGCACAGAAAAGACUGGGUUUUUUUUUUUUUUACUUUGCAUUAUGUGUUAUCAGUGAUUCUGUCUAUUUCUGGGGUUGUAGAUUCUCUGAACAGUAGCACCACAAGGGAUUAAAAUGUGGCAACAGUUGUACAAGAGCAGGUGCAGUGUGGGCUGAAAAUGAUGCAUUAAUAUGUGACGCAGGUGUCCUGUGAGCUGCGUCAACAACACUUGUGUGCAAAACAACACUUAAAGAGCAUUGUGUAUUAAAGAUUCAUCAAGUAGCUGUUAGUCGAGUUUCAGAUUCAAAAGUUCAGAGCAGCUUCUUCUCCAGAUUUACUGAAGGAUUUGUUGUUGUUGGAGGACAGCAGCCGUCUGCUGUACGUCACUGGACUGCAGCCCUGUUGGUCGCGGCUCGACAGACUGGCCGCAGACUUUAUGGAAGGCACAAAGACUAUUUCACUCCCACCCCCACCGCCCUCACCCCUUACGCAGUGGUGGGACGGAGGCAGGGCAGCCGGGGCAGUGGGACAGUGGGACAGACGGAGGAGAGGGGAGGGGGCUUUUUAGAGGCCUGGUCACAGACACUCUGAGCUGCCCUGAGCUGUUGAGACAGUCUGGCAGCCCUAUUGUCCAGCAGCACCCUCCUUUCUUUAUCCAUCACCCACUUUGUAUCCCCCCCUCUGUAGUCUUUCAGGACAGAUUGCCAUGGGAGGUCCUGAUGUUUACAUGCGCUUGCAGACACUUCAAAUAUCCCAAAACAUUUGUAUCAGUGUUUUAAUUCAAUUUAAAGUUAAGCUUCUUGGAAAAGUAAACUUGUUUACCAACACUGGAGUAAGUAAAAGCUGUGAAGUGUUUGCAGGGAUCCUUUAUAGUCAGCAAAGACUCUGAUUCUUUUGAUUUUGAAUCUUGGCACAGAGUUGUAAAAUGUUCAUCUUGAAAGGUCUGAGCCCACAGGGAGAGUUUGUGUGCAUGUGUGUUCCCCACCGCUCGGACUAUAGCCAGUCAGACACACACACACACACGCACACACACAAACACACACAAACUGAGUGUAUAUGUUUGUGUCUCUCUGAGCGUAACCGGCCAUGCCCCAGAGUGUUUGUUUUGCCCCCUCCCCUCCACCUCAGCUCAGUGAAGCUCAAUCUGCUCUGUCUGAGUCUGUUAUAUGAGUCAGCCAAACACACACAGAAACACACACACACCUAAAAUUUGUUUAUCUACUCCUAUUCACUAUCACUCACGUCUAUGUAUCCUGCUUUUUCCACUCCAUUUACAAAGAGGAUUACAGGAUGUGUGAAUCUUUUGAAAGCCAAGUUAUGUGUCGUUCUCCGGCUCGUACCUGGGCUCACGUGUGUGUGUGUUUGAGUAUGUUAUUCUGUGUGCGUUUGAGCACGUAUCGCACUCUUCUCUACAUACAUAAACAAUAGAACUGGUUGGGCGUAAAGGUCAGGAUCAGUUUUAGCUCGGGGUCAUGGAGCACGAUGAUGCUGACACAAUUUCCCUUUGGCAAAAAAAUCUAUACCACGUUGUCCCUCUCAUUUCAGCCGUGUAUUUGACUGUGACGUCCUCUUGCUGUAAACUUCAAAUCUUUGGCUCUGGUCGCCAGUGUUUAUACAGGGAUCAAGAGGGAGUAUCACAUGAUGACGUUGGCUGCUUGUUACAGGAUUUAUUUCAGUCAGCUGCAAUUCUUUAAUGACAUUACAGGAAAGUGUGUUGAAGCAGCAUCAAGAGCAAGCUAGGGAUGCACCGAUCUGAUAUUUCGAUCGGAUAUUGGCCCCGAUGUUGACAAAUUAACUGGAUCAGAUAUCUGAUGAAUGAUGCCGAUCCAGCAUUCCAAUCCAGUCUUUUUUCUCUUGUACCCUACACAACAACACAGCGAUUCUGUUCGCUCUUUAUUUUCUGUCUGUCUGUCCUUUUGCACUAAAUGUUCACAUGAAAGUCUUACUUCUUUUUGCUGUGUGCUAAUGUGCAAUUUGUUAUUUGCUGAUAAAUAAUAUUAAUUGAAUAUAUAUAUGUGUUAAUUUGUUACCUUUUUUUAGGCUAAAGUCAAGCCUGAUGCCUUCACUCACAGGGCAAGUUAUACAGUUCAUUCUAGGGCCCAACUGAUAUGGAAUUUUUUGGGGGCCGAUGCCAAUACCGAUUAUUAGGGGGGAAAAAUAUCCGAUUACUGAUUAAUCGGCCGAUUUUUAAAUUUUUGUAUGAAGUUAUAAAAUACAUAUAUACUGUAGAUAUCUACUGUACAAAGUAUACUGUAGAUAUACUGUAGGCUACUGCUCCAUAUGUCGACAGGAAGACCGACUGAUCAAACUUGGACCAGAAAAGAGUUUUUAACUACCUCGCCCCCGCCGAUCGGUGCCUCUGCGUCCUAACUCACGUUACUCACUUCCGGUCAGGUCUCAUCAGGAGACAUGCAGCUGCCUCAGUAAGAGAAGUAGCACGAUCACGUAAUGUGUAGUGUUGUUUAUCCUACCGUUACUGGCUCGGCUAACAGUGUAGCAAGGCUAAUAGCAGAUGGCUAACUCUAACUUCAGCUUGCAUAUUAUAAUCUAUCUCAUCUCAGGAGUCUGAAGUUUACAAACCAGUGGCCUAAAUUCUUGGAAGCCUUAUGAUCCCACCCGUGUCCCUCAUAUCUUGAGUCUGAAAACACACACACACACACACACACACACACACACACACACACACACACACACACACACACACACACACACACAGUCACUCACAGUAGCCCAGCAGGGAAUUUGGGGUCAUAGUUCUCCCCCUUUUGCCUCCCUCCUGCCACAUAGCUGUAGUGCUCGGGGCUUCGAAUCAUUUUUAAGUGUUUUGCAGAAGCUGAGCUCCUCUGUUUUGGCAGAGUAAUUUGCUUUUGCUUUUCUCUAAACAGCAGGCUGAGGCUUGAAACAUGUGCAGGAGUGGUUUUUUUACCGUCAGAGAGGUGUUCCUCAUUAAAGUCUCAUUCAUCGUGCCAUCAUGAAUCUCUUUCAUAAAGUGAAUGAUUCAGAUUGAGGGGGAUAGUGUGUGUGUUUGUGUGUGUAGGUGUGUGUGUGUGUGUGUUUGGACCUGUCUGUGUGUUUGAUGUGCUCUGUGUUGUGACUGUUGCUGUUUGUCUUUACUUUUUUUUUUAGCUGUAGGUAAACAAACGUUAGGUAACAUGUAACAUUUCUGAAUCUAAACGUCUGAAAAUGAUUCAGUCCUAGAUUAAAGAUGGAUAAUGAGUUUGUUAAUACCCCCUUAGAGAUGUUCAACAUUUCAUUCAUUAGAUCUGUUACAUCAAAAAAAACACCUGAUGAUUCAUCAGAGUGAAGAAAACGAGGUCGGCAGACUGUCCAUGUUUGCUAAUAGGGUGGGAACUGCUGGAGGAGUCAGAAUAUUAAGCAUGUUACGUUGUCCAGGAUACAGGAUAAAGCAGUUCCUCAACUAUCAAUACAUCAGUUAUCACCUGUUAUAGAUUAUAUCACAUAAUAUAUAGUAGGGCUGGGACAAUAUGCUAUUCUCCCGAUUCGAUUCUUCUACAAUUUUUUGGAGGCCGAUUCGAUUUAAAUCUCGAUUCUACAAUAUUGUUGAUUUUCUCAAUCGAUUUUUUUCUCCCAUCCCUAAUAUAAAAUGUCAGUAUUUUGUCCCUCUUCUAUCAGCUACCCUACACUAGUUAUUUUCUCUUAAUAACAAAGUACCCUCCUGAGCUCCAAUCAGAUGUUAGCACCAUAAAUCAGGAAAUACACAGUCAUACCAAAACACUCUCUGCUGUCACCGGUUGAUAUUCUCAACUGAUGAAAUGAUACACUGUCAGCUCCUCUUCUAUGCCGCCUUCUUCUUGAUUGUAGUUUACAUUUUUCCAUUUAUAAUCAGCCAAGAUAGCCGCAAGUUGGCAGCACAGUGCAUGUUGCUAUUAAGGAAAUUCAUUACGAGAAAAGGGGAAGAAAUGAUUCCAAGAGAAACAUAUUGAUUUCUUUCUGUAUUGAUAAAUAUUGGUGAUAGGUCAGUGAUGAAAGCUCAAAGCUGAAACUGGUCCUGUAUCUAAGGCAGCAGCACUGGAGGCAAUUCAUGAUUCCUUCUGGUAAUUAACGACCAUUGAAUCACUUUAAUCAUAUGUCACAUUUUUGGACAGUCCUUUUGUUAUACGAUCUUGUCCUGAAAACACAAUGUACUAGUUUCCCUCAUUACUUUUCCUUUCCCCUCCUAAGGCAGUGUGGAUUUUAAAGUAAUGUUUUCAGCAUUUCUUGGAGGAGUUGGCGUGUAGGUUUGUGAACUGUUUCAUUCAUGCAUCUAUCAAUGAGGCGUCGUACUGCCAGAAAAUGAAGAUUUAGCAGGGGGAAACUCUAGAAGGCUUUGAAUUGUAAUUUGCAGAACAACUUUUUUCGGUCUGGCUGUGGGUUGUUGAUGACAGUUAUUUCUGCUCUAAAAAGUCAUAUUCAUUAUUUCUUGUUGAAUGAAGAUCCUCUUGUGUGUUUCUCUGCACAUGUGCAGUUCAGCUUAUUAGCGUGACUCAUGCCCAACUUUUACUGUAACCCUCUUAAAAGAAGAAAAAAAAUACUGACUGGAAGAGGCCUUUUGAAAAAAAUGGACACUGAGUUCUUUAGGACACCAAGUAGUCUUUAAUGCCACUGCAGCUUGUGCACGCCUGUUUCAGAAUCUAGCCCCACCAAACACCCACUCAGCUACAAGACCCAACACACAUACCUUUAACAUCAGGUCAGCCCUGUGUGACACAUCCACAGUUUGACUUUCUCUGCUUCAAAAUAGAGUGAAGGGAUACCACACAACUACAGUUAAAAUGUCAUCUCCCUCUCAUUUUGAUAAUCCACUUCUUCUGUAAGAACUCAAGAGGAGGUUUUGUUUUUUCCAGCUGCAUGACUGUUAAUGAUUUUGUAAACAUCUUGUUUUUUCACAUGAUCACUGUUCCCCUUUGCAUAUGUAGUUUUCACGUGUUUCUGCAGUGUCUUCAUCUUCAAUUCCGAUGAUUCAGCUGUAAAGCUGCGUUUGUGACCUCUUCUUGUCAUCUUCAAAGCUGCCGGCUUUCCACAUGUCUUUGUCUUUGAUUAGUUCAUCCCGUGUGAAACAAAGCUUGAGUCAAAACUUAAAUUCCAGUUCUUGCCGAUGGGAAACACUUGAAGAGCACUAAAAAGCCCCAGCUUCUGCAACAUCAGCCAAGCAGAGUGUAAAAUAGCUCAAUGUGGUAAAAGGAAACAGACCUAAUAAAUCAUAACAUUAUACGCCAAACACCGGAAAGCUGUAAAAGAGAAGAGGAACUGCAGUCACAAGAACUGAAGACUUUCGUAAACUCUGACUUAAAAAAAGAUUUCAGUUCAAGAAAAAACUUAAUUUCACUCUAAGUAACUACACAGCCUUUAAAUUCGGUGGGCUCCUCUGCGUAACAGCACAAGGUGUUCUUGUUUGUGUGUCUGGUCUGCAUAAGUCAGCCAAAUCUCUGAGUAUUACUGAAUAUUUUUCCUUAAUCUAAGAUAAAAAAGCAGAGUGAGCCGCUGUUUGGUUUUGAUAUAACAGCUUCAAGUCAAGUCUGUGAGUUCUCUAAUCCUCCGGCUGUGUUUAUAUUUGUGUAUCAAGUUACUCACUUCCUUUUUUGGUGUUUCAGCGGUGAUAAUGAACUGCAUGUGUGAUUGUGUGUUUGAAAAGACCUUAUUUGUGCCUUAAAUUUCAAACAUAUAUAUAUUAAAAAAAACUUAACUGACAUUUAAAAUCAGUCCAGAGUUUGACGGCUGAUAUGUAAAAUGACUUCAUUACUUUCUUAGAAAUCCUGGUCCCAAAUGAUGCCUCUCAAAUUUGACCUACCUGACGGGACAUUAAACAGGGUUCUGGUUUACCUCAAGUGUCUGGAAGCAGCUGUAAAGUUUAUCCAGACUGUUUUUGUAGAGGGGGUUAAAAUUACAAAGCAAGGCACUCUCCUAGUUGAGGGUUUGAACCCAACAGGGAAACAUUUGAUUUACUGACAUUUUAAGAAGGAUUUUUUUUAUGGGUCAUACAUGGAUACACACUUAAACCUCUCUUAUUGUCUGAACACAAUGGCUACAGGACCACCAAGGUAUGAACCCCAAUAAAGUCACAAAGGAUCCCCCUACUGCAUUAUUUAAUAUCCAUCUUAAUUUUUUCCAUCUUUAUCAUGUAAGAAGACAAACGGAGGAAGUCCAGAACACAGAAGCUCUUCUUUAAAUAAAUUCCUUAAAGCUUUGGUUCUUCGUUGAAGCUCGAUGUGCAGAUUUGUGAUGGGAGUUUGAGUAGCAUCCCCCUUUCCUGCUUCCACUGUAUUCCACUGUACGCUUGUGUGCACAUAAAAUACUCAGACACCCUUUACAAAUUCAAGACACCCCUCCCUCCCUCCCUCCCUCCCACUGAGUCACACCCUCCUCUGCCCAUUUUGGAGCAAAAAGCCCGGGCAUAAAAGCUUUUGACAUGAAAAAUUAAAACUGCACUCUCCGCUUGCCGGAUGUACAAUAGUUGACCCAGAUGAGGGCAUUACAGAGCUCUUGGUACUUCAACCGUGUUCGGCUUUUUAUUCUUAUUUGUGGGCAGACAUUUGGCCUUGAAAAAAGGGGCUUUAGCUCAUGACUUUGACCCUUACUCCACAUCUGUGUGUGAGAGUGAGCCAGUGUUGAGAUAGCAGGGCCAUAUGGGGAUGUUGCCUCUUGCAUAAGAUGAUUAGUGUGUUUAUUUAUUUUUUCUCUUUCAUUGGUCAGUGUGCUAAACUUUGGCUCAUUUCUGUCUGUCCGCUAGCUUGUGUCAUCAUCCUGCCUGCAGUAUUGUUUACCAGAUGAGUGCAGAUGUUAUACAACACAAUGAAAUUCCUGCUGUACAUAUUGUGAUUUCAUUCUGGGUCGUUUAUUAUUAGACAUCAGCUCAGAGCCAGUCCACACACAGCUGGGACCCUCUUCAGCAGGAGGUGGAGUCAGAGCCCAGACUUCAUAUCAACACCAAGCUGAUAUGUUUUGCAGGACUCUGUUAGGCUUAUUGCUUUUAAAUAAGAAGUUUAAAAAUCUUUCUUUUAAGAUAUCUUUUCAUUUUUUGGUGUUUACUGAAAGAAGAGGCUGUAAUCCCACAGAAAAUCAGUGCCAGAUUUAUCAGAACAGUUUUAAUCAUGGUCUUUACUCUGGUGUUAACUUGAAACAAAAGCUUAAAGUAGAGAAGCAGGCAGCAAUAAUCAAUCACAAGAGAUGCUGAGUCCCAGUACCUGAGGCUGUGAUCACAUUUAUAACCAUUCCAGAUCUUUAAAGGGGACCAUUUUUUCACAGUCUAUUUCUUUCCUUGAAAUUUCUAAGACGUGCACCGCUGAAAAAGUGUUUUUAGACACAUUUAUAAAAAUUUCUCUAAACUAGCAGCAAUGUCAAAACCUUUAUGAUGAAAAAUAAAUGAAAACAAGGACACAAAAAUUAAAUCAGAAGUUUUCAAAUAUGACAGGAAUCAUCUAAUAAUUUACACAAAAUUGAUAUGAUAGGUAUGAUACGUGCAUGAGACAAUGAAAACCUGAUUUAUGCCCUAAAAAACCUACUUCUUUGAGUUUGAAAUUAUUGACACACUGCUGUUCCUCCUCUUCUCCUGUCUGCAGGUCUCUGGAUGGCCGUCUGCAGGUUUCCCACAGAAAAGGUCUCCCUCACGUCAUCUACUGCCGCCUGUGGCGUUGGCCCGACCUGCAGUCCCACCACGAGCUGCGAGCGGUCGAACUGUGCGAGUACGCCUUCCACACAAAGAAGGAUGAAGUGUGUGUCAACCCAUACCACUACCAGAGAGUGGAGACCCCAGGUAUUUUAACUCAGAGCGUGUGUUUAAAUCUGAGAGGAUUUGCCUGUUCAUCCUUUGAGUUAUGGGACAUAAUUCUAUCACACUUUGUACAUACCACAUUUUUUGUUAUUGUUGUAUCAUUCAAAAUAUCUAUCUGUUUGUCAAACUUUUUGAUAUGUUUGUCCGUCUGUCCAUCGCACAGUUCUUCCACCAGUCCUGGUACCCAGACACACAGAAAUCCCCGCUGAGUUCCCUCCUCUCGAUGACUACAGCCAUUCGAUUCCAGAAAACACCAACUUCCCUGCUGGCAUUGAGCCUCAGAGCAACUACAUACCAGGUACCAGGACUGUCUCUCAUACUUAACCACACUGAAUUACACCAAGUCUGUUUUCUUUUGCCAAGAGGAAGUUAGAAAAAAAGUAGUAGUUGUUGGAUGUUUGGAAUACUUUACCAACAUGUAGGUGAAGUAAUAGUCUCCAUUUGUAGUCUCCAAACCUUUGUUUUUGCAUUUCUGCUUUAAUCAUUGUCCACUUACUUGUCUAAAGAGAAAAAUGGGUUGCUAACAGCUUAUUUCAGAUUUACUCAUCGGUUUUUUAAUAUUUGCUAUACAUCUCAAGAGCUGCAACAAAUAACCCACUUUUGUUUCCAUUCAUUGAAUAACUUUCUAUCCCUUUAAUCUUUGUACUGAAGAGAGUUUUUCAGUUUUGAUGUUAUUUGUGCGUAAUGUUAUUUUUUUUGUCGGUUAAAACUACAGCAGAGACUUGGACCUUAUUUUCCACGGUUAAAUUCAUAACCAGUGUGAAGAGUUGUUUUCUUUGUGUCUGAUUUUCUUUUUUUUUAUUUGUGCUGCAGAAACGCCUCCACCGGGUUACCUCAGUGAGGAUGGAGAGACAAGCGAUCACCAGAUGACCCACAGCAUGGACACAAGCUCCCCAAACCUGUCACCUAACCCUGUUUCACCCACACACAGCAACUUAGGUAAGGGCUGUGUGUUUGUGUUUUUGUGUACUUCUCUGUCUGUUUUCCUCCACGUUCAGCCAGACAAAUGUUUCUGUAACGUUUCCACCUUAGUGGGAAUACUGUUUGAUUUCACUCCCAUCUCUGUAAGAGGAAACCAGGUGCUGAAAGACAUCUUUGUCUUCCUCCCACCAUGCGAGUGCUUAACAGGCAUCUCUCAGAACUCAGCUCACCUUCAAACCAAUGACAGUAUCCUACGCUUAUUCUAUCAGGAUGGAAAAACGCCCGGGGGCUUGGCCGGAAAGCUACUAGAGAAUAACAAAAAUCACACCAGUUUCAUUUGGCAGCUCUGCUCAAGACUUGAAAGCCAAGGACAAAAUGUUGAAGUUGUUACAGAACGGCCGUGCUGAGAGGAAAAAGAGCAAAUUACCAGAACCAGUUGAAGUUACUGAAAAUUAUCAUGGAUAAGCCUGUAAUUUGACCGUUUUUGGCUCCAGCGUCCCACCAGUGAGGGUUGAGUUUCCACAUUUGCCUGGUGAAAGCUUCUGGGAAACAGCGUAUGGGUUUGACAUUUUGUGACGCAAGCUCAGCCGAAUGUUUUCUUUGGUGGUGUUUUUUUCCCCCUUCAUCCACCGUGGCCCCCUUCAGUCCCCCAUUUUGCCCUGUCUCUACUUAGUCCUGUUACUUUUAUUUUCAUCUAUUCUGUUUCUUAUGUUUCUGUGAUUUAAUUCCCAUUUUUAUCCCAGUAACCUUGGAUCCUCUCAUCACUUAUUUAAUUCCAGAAAAAAAAUCAUUCAAUUUCAUCCAUUAUUGGCAAGCUACAGUAAAUUUUCUUGUCUUUUUACAUAAAGUUUCAUUUACAAACUGGCUCAUUUCUCUGUCUCUGUCAGACCUUCAACCAGUGACAUACUGUGAGCCGGCCUUCUGGUGCUCUAUUUCCUACUACGAGUUAAACCAGCGAGUAGGAGAGACCUUCCACGCCUCACAGCCCUCGCUGACAGUGGAUGGCUUCACGGACCCCUCCAACUCCGAGCGUUUCUGCUUGGGUCUGUUGUCGAACGUCAACCGCAACGCAGCUGUGGAGUUAACACGUAGACACAUCGGUACGACCCAGUGCAUCAGUCUGCUCUACAUGACUCCAUCAUUAUUCACCUAAUGUCACAUAUUGCUUCCAAAAAAAAUACCCAUAACAUCUCUCUACAGUUUUUGUCUGAUCUGAGUUUGUUGUCCUGUCUGUGUUUACUUCAAGGCCGUGGUGUCCGGCUUUAUUACAUCGGAGGAGAAGUGUUUGCUGAGUGUCUCAGUGACAGCGCCAUCUUUGUUCAAAGCCCCAACUGUAACCAACGCUACGGUUGGCACCCUGCUACAGUCUGCAAGAUCCCUCCAGGUGAGUGUCAUAUUCAAAGAGGCAGAGAGAGAAAGUGGAGAGAGGACCGAGCAGAGAGUGAGACAAAUGAGAUGAAUAUAGAGGCAGGGAGAGAGGGAGCGGGUUAUAAAUAAAUACUAAAAGGCAAAAGUGGAAAUGGAAAUUCACAGUGGUACAGCGGGUUAUUAACUUUUCACAGGGUUGGCUAUUUGAACCUGAGCUCUUUGUAUGAGUGUCAAAACGAGCUGGAGCGAGUGCCCCUACGGUAAAAUGUCUUUUUAGGUUCCUGUUUAUAAAUUUCAGUUUGGUAGAAAGUUUUGAGUUCCCUCAGUCUCACAUCCUCCCACAGUCCCCGUGGCGGGGAUACAAAUUUGUUCGAGUGGACUUAUGACUCUCUUGAGCCAAAUCCUCCAGUUUGAGCUCUUAGUCUGUGGCAAAAGUGACGACAUCGCAGGAGCUUGUUAGCUAGUUAGGAUGUUAUUAAUUCAAUAUAAGUCACAUUAAUUCUGAAAAAUGGAUGAUUCAGAGGAGAUUUACUUUGGCUGUGUGAUCCUGACUGUGAGCAGCAGAAGCUUCAAGCCCAUCACAAACUUUCAGCACCAGUCCAGGAACGUGCUCUUUCUCUUGAGUGCAGCCUGGCUAAAGAUACAAAUUUUUCCUCUCCACAGAAGUGUGUGUUUAUUUUUACCACAUGAUUUAUAAAAUGUCGGGAGUAUUUCGAGUUUUCCCCAAACUAAAACACAUCUUAAAAUCUUAGUGGAGGAUUGUUGUCAGUGAGGUGAUUUUGACACAAAAAGUACAGCACGUUGUGUGUCAGCAGCACCCCAUUUCUUUAAAGUCAGUGUUUUACAUGGUGAAUAUAUGAGUGAAUAAGAGCCUGGGUCACUCUCUAAUAAUAAAGUCAUAGUUGUUAUCUUAAUCAGGGACCUGGUCAGCUUAUUUUGCAGUUUUAUGUUGUAAGAUUUACACAAAGUUAAUGCACUGGAGAAUGAGAUACAUCAUUUUCAUUUUUUUAGAUGUGCUAAUGAGAAAACUGAGAUGUGAAAUCCAUGGAGGUAGUUUCCCUCACCUUAGAAAACUUUAAGAGCAAAAAGAAUUUUAAAGAAAGUUCACAACAUUGUUUGUUUUUUUGACUGUGUUCAUAGUUACUUACUGCAACUUUGAACCGCAAGCCUCAAGCAGGACUGCAGGCGAGCAACAGCAGUCUUGGAAACUCACUCUCUUACUUCAUACUCCCAGACUUUUUAGAGUCAAACUUACACCGCCAAAUUUGACUCAGGGAAGAUAAUCAGAUUUCAUCUCUGUCUGUAGCCACGUUUUAUACAGUUCUGGUCCACAUAUGCAUGCUACUCCCAAAGAUCUGCUACAGACUCUGUUAGAGUUCUUCUUUCAGAGAAAUAUUCAUCUCUGAGUUCAAUAACAUAAAGGUGAAAGUGACUUGGUAUGGGGACUUAAGUGUCUGCCUGUCUUGGUUGUCCCCUCCAGGAUGUAACUUGAAGAUCUUCAACAACCAGGAGUUUGCUGCCCUGCUGGCCCAGUCAGUCAACCAGGGGUUUGAAGCCGUGUACCAGCUGACCAGGAUGUGCACCAUCAGAAUGAGUUUUGUUAAAGGCUGGGGAGCCGAAUACAGGUAGGCUGUCCUCACAGAGAACCACACAUUCGUUCAGAAAUGGUUCGCCUAGUUAGGGAUCUCAUCUGCCUAUCAGAUGACAAAAUGUGAAACCAUCUUGUCAGUGACAUGGGAAGAGCCUUUGUGCGAAGAUCAAGUCCUUAGUAAGCCUUAAUAUAAACACAGACAAUAGAAACAAACAGUCUAUGAAUCACAUCCCACAACCCAGCCACCCCCGCUCCCAGGCAUCUGCUCGCACUCCGGUGGAUCUGCUGUGUGACGUCGCCGAGCCCUCAUCAACAGAACCAGGCCCCAGUAGGCACGCCAGACUAUUUUUAAAGAGACACACAUGUGUUUUGUCAAAAAAAGAGAUGUCAGACUUUCCCUCUCCAUUACCUCCCUGUUUUCCACAGUCUGACUCACUGAUAGUGGGAAGGGAGGAGCCAGAGCAAAAAAGGGAGCAGAUGAUUGGUCGAAAGUUGGCUCAGCACAGGAGGCUUUCCCAAGGGGGGAAAUCUUUGUGCAGUGAGCGAGAGCUUCACAGCCCCGUCCAGACCAAACUCUGACAUGUGGAGACACUUAAAAACAGGAUUCAGGUUACUGGACUAGCCAGGCCCUCCUCCACGUCUACCUCCACCCACACCUCAGUCCUCAGUCUUUUCCCAGGCUAACACACAAGCUAACCCUUUUCCCUCUCUUACCUGUGAAAAACAGUGAACAACACUGAAGCAGACCAACAUAAACGUGAUUCAUAAUCAACACAAACUGUAAAUGCUUUAUCUUGAAUGAAGGAGUCAGCAGUAAGCAGCUGUUUUAUUCAUUUACACUUGAUUGAUUAUACAUUAUCAUUACAUAACAACAAAUGAAAUCCAUUAUCUGCUCUUGUUGACAUUGAACGAGAGAUGAGUGUGAAGGUUCCCUCAAGUCUAGUAAUGAGAUAUGCAGAAAUAGCAGCAGCCUUUGUUAUCUUCUUUUGUACUCUCUGAUGUGUCUGCACAGUUCUCUGGUGUCAAACACGGUUUGUCAAGAAGAAAGCAGAGCACUAGGGGAAACGGCAGGGUUAUCGCCAGGUCAUCAGCGGGUAAAAGCGCGCUGGAAGCAGAAAUCUAACCUCCAUCUUUUCCGAGCGCAUUCAGACGCAGUUUUGUGCUCCUGUAUCUGCAGUAUUGUCUGUACCUGAUGUCGGUGUAAUGAAUAAAAGCCGUUGCUAAGCUGCAUCUACUCGAAUAUUUGUAACGUCUCUAGCACUUGUGCCUUUUAUCUGCUCUCCUCUGUGGCAGAGGCAGUGAGAGAAAAGCUACAGAAUAUGAAGAUCAAAAGGUCUGAAAGAGGAUUUUUCAAAAGUUUAAAGAGUAAAUGUUUUGCAUUUUCACCGAACACGAGUUCUUUAGUCUCAAAGCGGCACAAAAAUUUUCAUAAACAUUGUUUGAACUCUUGACGACACUGAGACUAGCGGGCUUUGGUUGAGUCAACACAUUUAUUCUAAACCAGCUGAACAUGUCUUUAUGUUGAAAACGUAUUGUUUGGAUGGACUGAGUGAACACAGACAGAUCAGCUCUGAAGGGUUUCAAACCCAAAAUGAAAAAUGAACAGCAAGAAUAGAAAGUCAACGGUUGAUUCAUCUUCACAGGCAAGCAGAUGUUUAGGUGAAACUCAAACCAGCGUUUAUCCACUCAAGUGGGUUUUGUUGUUUGUUUUCUGAGGUCAGUGUCUUUCCUCUGCCGUACACUGGGUCUGUAAUAAAUGCUCUGUUGUUUCACCUUGCUGAAAAUCGACUUUGUAAGUUUACUCACAAAACUCUUUCUCUAAACAGUGUCCUCUGUGUACUAACACUUCCCUCUGCUCUCUCCGCUUCUCCCAGGCGACAGACAGUGACCAGCACCCCCUGCUGGAUCGAGCUGCACCUGAACGGCCCCCUGCAGUGGCUUGACAAGGUGCUCACACAGAUGGGCUCCCCUAGCAUCCGCUGCUCCAGCGUCUCUUAGGGAAACUCUGCAUCCUCCCUCUUCCUCCACCUUCCUUUUAGUGACUGAAAAAAAAACACACACAUGCAGACAAGAACAGUUUCACAAGAGCAGAGAGAUAAUAAUCCCCCACACCCACACCCACUCACACUCAGCCAAUCAUCAACCUGCAACUUGGUCCCUCCUCCCCACCAGCUGUCAGUAGCACUUUUUAUAUUCAUGUUGUUUGUGGCAAAAGGGGACAAGUGCAGUAAAGCAGUAUCAUGUUAAAAACGUUCUCCCCAAGUAACUGAUGGAAACUUUUGAUUUCAUUUGCAUUUAAACGCCAGAACGGCUGUAAGGGAGGAGAUUUUUUUCCAGUUAAGAGAUUCUUUUAUUUUUCAUUAUUUUUACACCUUUUGUACAGAUGUUGAGGUAAACAGUGGUUUGAGAAAAAAAAACAAAACAAAGAAAAGCCUUUUUUAAGCAUUUAGAACAUAACUAAGAUGAUGUUAUAUGCAUUUCAUUUUGACUUUGUUUCUGUAUCGGGGCAUUUGAUAGCUUAUGAAGAUGUUUUGAAAAAUUAGUAACACAAGGAUCAUGUUCGACCACAUUUGUAACAACAGUAUGUGAAGGAAAAUCCUGUGAGCCUAUAGCAUGAAUACUCGUCAGUGCUUUCGUAUCGUCAUUUUAAUGCUUUCACAUUGUCGUGGCUAAUAACAUGAUGUUCAACUGCACAUUUGGGUUUCAAAACAGCAGCAAAAAUUGAGAAAACAAGGAUGCAGUGAAACUUUUGAUCUAACUUUACCCACCUCUUCUUGUUGAAAACCACACACUGUUAAAUCGUGCCAGAUUAAUAAGCAUCCUGAUACUUCAGGAGCCAGUAAAGCAGACUGGAAUCACAGCUCUUUACAUCCACCUUUGAGUACUUACAGCGAACAGCAUCAUCAAAUGUUACUAAGAUGAUGAUGAUGAUGCACUUUUGUUAAAUGUUAAUAUUCUUGUAAAGUUAUGUGGCAAAGUGCACACACAAAGGCAGUUGUUUGUAGUUCUUGUCAGAGUGUAAUGUGAAAUAUGUCCUGCAUCGAUUUCAGGAAGCUUUGCCAAUAUGCAAAAUACUUUUGCAGCAUUGUAUUGUGUCGUAGGUUUUGUAUAUAACAGGCCUUUACACAGAACUGGAAAACAUCUCAUGAACUGAACCAUAAGUUAGAAUAGCAAACGCACAAAACGUACUUCACACCGUGCAGAAGGCUGUGCACAGAGAGCAGGAAGAUGCCUUUGCUUUUUUAAUUUUCUCUCUCAGCAGUCCAGAACAUUGCUCUUAUUUUUAGCCAUCAGUGAUAUUGACUUUGUGCACACUCAGGACUGUCAGCAAACAAAAAAUAUGUACAGAAACCAGUGAAAAGAAAAGAUGCUCAACUUUAGUCUAUUUUGAUACAGAUUGUUUUCUGUAGACAAGGUGAUGAGGACUUUGUCUGCUCUCAGUGUUUUUGCAGGACGUAAGUGAACACACUGCAGCAGGCGGGGGAUAUGAUUCUCAUAUUUUCUUCCUGUGAAGAGGAGGCAGUGUCAGAACAAAGCACAGCUUUUUACAAAGGGAAAUGUUUAGAUGAACAGAGGCAUGUAAAUAACACUCGCUUCAUCUAAUAUCCCUGUUUAUUGUAGGUCUAUGUACAUGUAGUACAUACAGUACAUGUUAUAAUAUGACCGUCAACCUUUAUAAUGUUGAUGGUUUUUUUAAGUAUGAGAACAAAAAGAAGCUUAAAAAAGAACAAAAAAGUGGAGUAACUUUUGGGGAAAGUUAAUGCUGGAAUAGAAAAGCUUAGCCUUAGCUUUUGUCACGUUUUCUUAAACCCACCCACUGUGCUGGAAAUGGACGGAUUUCCUUUUAUAACACUAGACAAAGACACAGUGGGUGGACAUGGACAACAGUUGAGUUCUUUUUACAGUGCUUACUUACAAUAAACCAGCUUUUGAUGUUAAUGCCAGCCCAGUGGUGCUAAUCUCUAACAUUUUAGGGACUCAAAGAGAGCUACAAAGCCAUAAGAAUUUACUCUUAAAGCUGGUCAAUUUUGAUCUCUUUACAAUUUCAACCUCCUAAAACUGCAAACAAUGGUGUAAGAUUGUUUCAGAAACAGUAGUAUCUACUAAUCUGAGACAUGUGAACCCUUUGAAGAGCUUCUAGUAUUCUUGAAUGCAGCAAUCUUGACCCAAGUGGGCUCUUUAAACCCACAGUUGGUGUAAUUACCCAGUAGGGUUUGUUUUGGAGGAUUUGUCAUUUUUAUACACUCUUCAGGUUAUAGUGCUUGUGCUUUUCCCCCACUUUGUUUAAAUUUGUUCACUGUAACCAUUUUUAUUAGUUGUGAUUUAUGUUUUUGUGCUUUGAAUUGGUCCUUUUAGACGUCUUGUAUAAACUUGUACCCUUUGUUUUCUCUGCCUAUAAAAAGUUGAUGUGAUGCUUUAUUAUUUGGUUUAAUUAUUACUGGUCUAUUAAUUAAAUAAGAAGUGGUGAUGCUGGAACAAGACAUACAGAGAAGCUCAAAACUCAAACUGCAUAAUCAGAUCUGGUGAACAUUAGGAUGGUUAUUCUUGUGUUCAGUCAGAUUCCCUGAACUGAUAGAGACGUAAAUAAUUCAAUGUUGCUUGUUUUUUUUUAUAGCUUUGAAUAAGAAUAAGAAGAACUUUAUGUCUUAUUCUCAUUCAAAGCUAUAACAAACAAGCUCAAACCUCAAUCUCUUGAGGUUUAACAGCAAAAAGUCUUUGCAUUUCAGGUUUUUGACUCUUCUGGUUGGGAAUUUCCUCGUCUGCGGUGGGUAAUUAGUCUGAACAAGUAGACAGGAGCUUCAAUUACAGGCCCAGCAGACACCCUCUUGUUUCUUUACCCAUUGCUACGAUUCAAGGUAUCCAAACCAUAACUGUUUGUUCUGUCACAGAGGCACAAUACUGCUUUGAAAAAUUCAAUAAAUGCAGGCUUUGUUCUGAUGCACCUAA